AUGGACGGACGGCGUGACGUGACGACAGCGAGACCGUCUGGAGCCGAAUGGGCGAGUCGGCCACGAAGAUUGCGCCACUCGUACCGCAUGAUCCCUCGUCCGCUCACCGUCAGGGAGGCACGUAUCUUUGAUCCACCAAUUAGUUGCCCACACACACACACACACAAACACACACACAGAGAACAUGCAAAGGGUGAGGAAGAAUCGGAGGUAACAAAGCGUCAUGCAGGACCGGAGAGAAUGAUUAAUUGGAUACCAGCAGUCAUUUUGACGGCGAAAGUGAGCCUGUACCUUCAUGGUCGUAAUGGUGGUGGUGGUGGUGGUGGUGGUGAAGACAAUAAGGGUUCUGGUGGUUACGCGGACAAAAUCGGCUGGCUGAGACGUCGGGGAGGCGAAGGAAGAAAGGAUGGACAAACAACAGCCCAUUGUGCUGGUGGUGGUGGUGGUGGUGGGGACGAACCAACUGGGCAAGGGCAUGGGAUGAACGCAGUGACUGACGAAAAUGUUGUCAAGACGUCGUCCUAUCGGAUGGGGUAG